CGGGGUUCGCCGCGGCAGUACCAGCGCCUCCCGACAGCCCGGCCCGCUGUGGCCGCCGCCCGGUGCUCUGUCCGGUGCUCUGUCCCCUGUCCGAGGCUUUUCCCAGGCAUCAGGAAUGUCUUCUGAGCCCGCUUCCUCUGCCUCGCAGCAGCCCCCCACCUCUCCACCCUCACCCAGUUCUCUCCACCUGCCCGAGAGCCGCAGGCCAAGAGACCGCUCCCCAUCACCCAUGAGGGGGUACCUCAUCCCCAGCCCACUGCCCACCCGGCGCACCAGGACCUUUUCAGCAACUGUGAGAGCAUCGGAGGGGCCCAUCUACAAAGGUGUCUGUAAAUGCUUCUGUCGCUCCAAAGGCCAUGGCUUCAUUACCCCUGCAGAUGGAGGGCCUGACAUCUUUGUACAUAUCUCUGACAUCGAGGGCGAGUACGUUCCCGUGGCCGGCGACGAGGUCACCUACAAGAUGUGCACCAUCCCCCCCAAGAACGAGAAGCUGCAGGCGGUGGAGGUGGUGAUCACUCACCUGGCGCCGGGAACCAAGCACGAGACCUGGUCGGGGCACGUCGUCAGCUCCUGAGGGUCCCGGAGGGAGCGCGGGUGCCGCCUGCACCCUCACUGCUCAACAACUGGCUGCGGGGGACCUGUCCUAAGAAUAUUCUGUCUAUCGUGUGGGAGGAAAUACUGCAUUGUCAAUAAAGCAGAAACUGGCCACAUUUACCUUUUUUUACAGCUGGCCUUAAAACCCAAACAAACAAAACCAACAACAAAAGGCAAUUCAGAUGCUAAUGAA